AUGACCUCUUGCAACUUGACCACUACCACCAUCAUCAGCGCGACUGCGAUGUCCAUCACCGUUGCCCAUCUUCUGCACAACUCUAUCGCGCAUGCCGUCGACGAUAUGUUCGUAGACUUCGAGUUCCAACCUCGCAGCGACGUAGACCACGACACUAGUGGUGCCAAAGAUUCGUCAUCUACAUGUUUGUCAUCGAGACCCACCAAAAUCCCUCGUCUGGAGGAGCAGUCGUUUGCUGCUGCAAGUACCAGCGACGUCAAGGGAAAAUCAAAAGAAGGAACUCCGAAUCUGAACACGGAACGUAUCUCGUCAACAUCCGUGUCUAUCCUUCACCUUCACCCUCAACUUCCGCCCGAGAUUCUCGACACCAUCCUCGAUUUCCUUGAGAACCAAGACAUGCGACCCGUUCUCUCUACGAAUUCCUUUCUCGGCUCGAUCGCCCAGCGUCGCGUCUAUGCCAGCGUCUCGCUCGACUCUCCUGUACGCACUGUUGCUUUCCUGCAGACUGUCGUCAAGAACCCCCGUUUGGCCGCGCUGGUGAGAAGCUUGGAACUGGAUGUGAGCAAGCAGGGAGUUGUCAAGAACGGCAAAAAUAGGAGUGGUAGUAAGGGGGGGUGGAACCUGAGAGCGGCAGUGGGAGAGGCGGCAGCGGCGGUUUCUGGUGUGGGUGCGGCAUUGGUUGGUGGAGGCCCGUUACCGAAUCCGAAUGGGAACGUCAACACGCUACCACCAGUGACGAAUGGACUAGCACUGGCAGCGACAGCAGGUCCAGCAAAUCCGCCUGGCCAAGCGGCAACCUCAUCCCAGCUUAGGCGUGACCUGUUCGGCGUAGCACACCUCACGGCAAACUUCUACCGACUGCUCCAGCGCGCACUACACCUUAUGCCUGCGCUUACAGAGCUCUCGCUCGAGCUGCCCAAAUCCCACUCUCCCGUCUGGCUUCUCGAGGGCUGCCCGUUCCGGCUGAAAAAGUUCGCCACCUCGAUGCACUGCCAUCGACCCCUCGCUCGGUUCCUGAGUGGGGAGAUCGUAGAGGGCGUCGAGGAGCUCACACUGCGUGGGUUUCACAACGAGUCGGUCUUUCUCCUGCCUUUCGUCGGCUCGGCUCCACCUUCAAAUGCACUCGUAACGAACGAAGACGAAGAAGAAAACGAGAAAACGUUCCGCCUACCCCGACAUGCCCUCCCCCGUUUGCGCAUGUUCAGCGCCAUCCAUGCGGGCCCACCGAUCGUCCGCACCAUCAUGCGCGGGCGACCUGUUGAGAUUGUCUCAGUGCCAUUGUUUCCUCAAGGCGGGGUAGCGACGCUCGAUGCGCUUGCAAUGGGUAGCGCGAUGCUGAAGCGCCUGAAUGUGAUUAGCUUUGAUCCUGGCGCGCCGAACUUUUUGUUCGAGCAUUUGACUCAGAGGUUUGGAGCGCUGGAGGCACUGCAUGUAGUCAUGCUUAUGGCGGAUUAUUCGAAGGAAUUUUUGGAGGACUGUGCUACGCUCCUUGGCCGGUUCGUGAACCUGAAGUACAUAACAUUCAUGGCUGCCUCCGCCGACGAAACACUUAAUACGCUAGAUGAAGACGACGUUGCGAAGCGCUGGCACAAGGCGUGUCCGACGCUGCAGACUAUCAUCCUUCCGAGAGGCAGGGUGUGGUUCCAGGGCGAGCCAGAACCAGCCAUGCGUACGGGCCAGGAGAUCGUUAGAUUGGGGAGUCCGUUGAGGUAA